AUGAAGAUAUUUUUCUUUACUUUUUUUUUGGUGUGGCUUCAAUGCUGUUAUGCGAAAUCUCCUAACAAUUAUGCACAAAGUAGUCUAUCCAAAUUUGGAAAUGAAAAUACACUAAAAUGCCCGAAGGGAGGGGUGUACAUCUUGCAGUGCCAAAUUAAAUGCAUGAAUAACAAUAAUGAAAUAAUUUAUAAAGAAUGUUUAAAUGAGGUAGAAACAAAAUGCAAAGAUAAAAGCAAAUGCUCAUAUUAUUUUGAUUAUAUUUUUAAUAAGAAAUUUUAUAAACUCCGAAGUAGUAAUACUAUAUAUGUUAAUGAUUGUAUCGAUUCAGAUGAAAAUGAAAUAAAAAGUACUUUUACAUGUGCUUUAAAUCAAUCAUUAGAGUUUGAUAAUAAUAAUAAUGUAAUGUAUUACUUUAUGUUGAAUAAUAAAAAUACUGAUAAACUAGUUUGUAAUAAUAGUAAUAUAUAUAUCAACAAUGCAACAAUACAUUAUGCAAUUGAAAAUAAAGAAAUAAAAGAUAUCACAACACAUGUUAAAAAACAAUGUAAUGAAAGAUCAAAUUGUGUAAUUAAUCCAUAUACUAUUCAAACUGAUAUACUAAAUGAAAAAGAUGAAAAUGUUUUAUUAAAUUCAUAUGCAUCUAUAAGUUUUGCAUGUUUAAAAGUUAGUCCUGAAUUCUUUUGGGAUGGAGAAGAUAUUGAUGAAUUUGAACAAAUUAAUGAUCAACAAAAUGAAGAAAAUGAUUAUUUAGAUAAUGAUGAUUCAAAUGAAAACAAUGACGAAAUUAUGUCCAUAAAAAAUGAAAUUAAUGAAAUAUUAAAUGAUGAAAAAAUUGAAACAGUAUUAGAAAAAUUAAAAAUUGCAAAAAUUACUGUAUCUAAAAAAAUAAUUAAUGAAAUAAAAAAAAAAGACGAUAUAUUUAAUAAUUUAGCACAUGAUUUUUCAAAAUAUAUGUAUAAUGAAUAUUCUGUAUCUGAUAUAAAAGAUAUGCUUGAAGAUAGAUAUAAUGAAUUAAAUAAAACAGCUGAAAGUGAUUUAUAUUAUAUUUAUUUAUUAAAUACAUUUGAUAUAGAGAAUAAAUUUGGUGCAUAUUUUUCUUCAUAUCAAGAAAAAUUACAAGAAAUUAUCCAAACACAUAUGAUAAAUUUAUAUAAUGUAGAAAAAAAUAUUGGAAAACUUCGAAAUAUGUAUAUAUCGUUACAUAAAAAGGCACAAAAAUAUAAUAUCCCUAACCUAUUUGAUGAAGAUAAUGAUUUAAUGUUAAAUUAUGAUGACUUUGCAAAAGAUAGUGGAAUAAUUACUGCAGAUGUUUUUAUUAAAUCCGAGCCUGAAACUCCAGAAAUAAUCUUACAAAAUGAUAAUGAAAAUAAAUUUAUUAAAUAUAAAGAUAUUGAAGAAUUAGAUGAUCUUGAUAAUUUAAAUAGAACUAGUAGAAUAAUUGAUAUUAGAAACUUUUUAGUAAAACGAUUGAAAAUAUUAUACAAUCAAAGAAAUAAUACUUUUAUUAAACAGGCUAUGCUUGUUAAAUCCUAUUGUUACAAAAAUCAACUUAAUGUGACACCUUUUACUUCUCUUUUCAAAAAUAAUUACAUUACAUUAAAACAAGAUGCAUAUAAAAAAGGAAAUACACAUGUUGAUAUUGCCAAUAAAAUUAAUCCAUAUUUUAUUGUAAAUUAUUUAAAUAAUUUAUAUAAACAACAUGUUAAUACAAGUUAUAUUCUUACUCCAUGGAAUUCGAAAUCUAGUAGAAUGCAUAAAAAAAUAAAAAUUAUAUUAACACGCGGAUAUAGUCAAAUUCUACAACUUGAAAAACAAAUACUUAGACACAUGGAUAAAUAUAAUGCACUAUUAGAAAAAGCUACACUAUAUAAUUUAGAUAACUUGUUUACUGAAUCUUCUAAAACAUUGAAUGAAAUUAUGGUCUCUAUAAAUGAAGUAGAUAAUAAUGUUGAGGUAAUUGGGGAAAGUUCCUCAUCCCCCGCCAUCCACGAUACUGUCAAGGAAGACAACAUUGAAGUAGGUAAGGAAUCCGACGUUGAAGUAUGUAAGGAAGCCGACGUUGAAGUAGGUAAGGAAUCCGACGUUGAAGUAACCAAGGCAGACGAAGCUGAAGUAGGUAAGGAAGCCGACCAAUCUAUACAGCCUGAUGAAGAUGAAAUAGCUGAAAUAGCUGACGAUAUUGAUGAGGCUGAUAAUGAGGACGAUGGUGACAAGCAAAGUGUUACUGGUAUGGAUGACAUAAAUAAUGAAAGCGGCAUUGACAACUCUAUCAAAAUUAUUAAGUAUAGCAAAGCAGAGGAAAAUGAAUAUGAUGAAAGUAAUGAAAAUGACCAAAAUGAAAAUGACCAAAAUGAAAACGAGAAAAAUGAAAACGAAAAAAAUAAUGAUGACGGAAAUGUAUCGAAUGCAAAUUCAGCAAGCUUAAGCAAUAUUAUUUUUACAUUUAUUGUAGCUCUUUUAUUUAUUAGACAACUUUUAUAA